GGCAGUGGAGGAGGAGGGUCUUCCUCAGUCUCCUCUAGGAGAAACGCUUCCUCCAUGAGAAAAAGUCAAGGGUUUUCUGGUGGAAGUUAUAGUGGAGGAAGAUCUGGCUCUGGAGGGGGGAUAUGCCAUAGCAUGCCUGGAGGGUUUGGUGGUGGGCAUAGCUAUGGGGGUGGGAAUGGCUUCAGUGGUGGGAGUGGCUUUGGUGGCGGUGGCUUUGGUGGUGGUGGCUUUGGUGGCGGUGGCUUUGGUGGCGGUGGCUUUAGUGGCGGCGGUUUCGGAGGCGGCUCUGGGGGGUUUGGGUUUGGUGGCGGCGAUGAUGCUGGGUUCCUCUCCAACAACGAGAAGAGCACCAUGCAGAACCUCAACGACCGCCUGGCCUCUUACCUGGACCAGGUGCGGAACCUGGAAGCAGAGAACAACCAGCUGGAGCACCUGAUCGAAGAGUGGCAUCGGAAGCAUGGGCAGAGCGGCACACCGAAAGACUACAGCUCUUACUACGAUGAGAUUGACAAGCUCUCCCACGAGCUGGUCGAUGCGGUGGCCGAGAGUAACAAGAUGCUCCUGGACAUCGAUAACACAAAGAUGGCUGCUAAUGACUUCAAGAUGAAGUAUGAGACAGAGGCUGGUCUUCUUCAAAGCGUAGAGGCUGAUCUGCAAGGUUUACGUCCCCUUUUGGAUAAGCUGACUUUGGAAAAGUCUGACCUGGAGAUGGAGUAUGAAUCCCUGCAGGAAGAACUGAGCCAUCUUAAGAAAAACCACAAUGAAGUAAAGAACAGUAUGCAACACCAGUCCGGUGGGGAUGUCACUGUUGAGGUUGAUUCCAAGCCUGGAGAGGAUCUGAAAAAGAGACUGGAUGAUCUGAGACAUGAAUAUGAACAGAUCAUUCAGCAAAACCGCAGAGAGGUCGAACAAUGGUAUGAGGCUAAGAUGGAGGAAUCUCGCCAGCAAGAAAAGUCGAGCGACCAGGAGAUUGGGACCGGUAGCAAAGAAGUGAUGGAGCUCAGUCAGCAAUAUCAAACCCUGGAAAUUGAGCUGCAGUCGCAGAUCAGUUUACUCCAGUCUCUGCAAAACAACCUGAACGACACAGAAGGACGCUACAACAUGCAGCUGCAGCAGAUCGUGAGCCUUGUUGAGCCCCUGGAACAUGAGCUGGCCAGUAUUAAGUAUGAGAUCCAGAAUCAAAGCCAGGAGUACCAGACACUCCUUGGCAUCAAGACCCAUCUGGAGGGGGAGAUCAACCAGUACCGUCAACUGCUUGAGGAAGGGAAGCACCUCGCGGCUGAUAUAGGGCAAGGAGGAGGUGGAUCAUCUGGUGGAAGUUCAGGAGGAGGACGAUCAUCUGGUGGAAUGUCAUAUGGAGGAAGUUCUAGAGGAGGAGGAAGUGGAGGCCAGCAAUCUCCUGGUGGAAUUUCACAAGGAGGAAGUUCUAGAGGAGGAAGUGGAGGAGGACAAUCACCGGGUGGAAUUUCACAAGGAGGAAGUUCUAGAGGAGGAGGAAGUGGAGGCCAGCAAUCUCCUGGUGGAAUGUCAUAUGGAGGAAGUUCUAGAGGAGGAGGAAGUGGAGGACGACAAUCUCCUGGUGGAAUUUCUCAAGGAGGAAGUUCUAGAGGAGGAGGAAGUGGAGGAGGACAAUCGCCUGGUGGAAUUUCACAAGGAGGAAGUUCUAGAGGAGGAGGAAGUGGAGGCCAGCAAUCUCCUGGUGGAAUGUCAUAUGGAGGAAGUUCUAGUGGAGGACGACAAUCGCCCGGUGGAAUUUCACAAGGAGGAAGUUCUAGAGGAGGAGGAAGUGGAGGAGGACAAUCGCCUGGUGGAAUUUCUCAAGGAGGAAGUUCUAGAGGAGGAGGAAGUGGAGGCCAGCAAUCUCCUGGUGGAAUGUCAUAUGGAGGAAGUUCUAGUGGAGGACAACAAUCGCCCGGUGGAAUUUCACAAGGAGGAAGUUCUAGAGGAGGAGGAAGUGGAGGUCAGCAAUCUCCUGGUGGAAUUUCACAAGGAGGAAGUUCUGGAGGAAGAGGAGGAGGAAGUGGUGGCCAUUAUCAAUCUUCUCCCUCAUCUCAAAGCAGGCCUUCAUUAUGUCACAGCCAUUCAUCCACCCAAUCCCAGUCUGGCUCUUACGAAGAGCAAGACUAUUCACCGAUGUAUUAAGGCAUGACGACAUCUCCCUCUUCCAAAUAAAAGAACGGAUUGAAGCAAGAGCAAAGAGCAAGAAACAAUUCUUCUUCCAUUUGACCGAUACUGCUGAUAGCAUGAAGUCAGUGGGGCCGGUCCCAAAUGCAUGCCCCUCCCCCUGCAACCCUUGGCGUCCCUUCCAAAACUAUAUGAUUCUAUAACAUUUUCCAGAUCUACUUAGUUGCUGCAGCCUUGUUGGGUACCAUCUUUAGACUGAGCUGCAAAGCAAGAAAAGGGACGUUCUACCAGUUAAAUCGGCAUAUACAAGGCUGUGUCCAAAUAUUGUCCAAAACAGCGCUGCAACGGAAGCCAAUAUGCAUAACAAAAUGUGCGCUAUAACAUGCCUGAGAUGAAAUGGCACAUGCCUUUGGAAUUA